CACAGUGUGCCACGCCGAGAUGAAUGCCAUCAUGAACAAAAAUUCGGCCGACGUGAAAGGCUGCAGCAUAUAUGUCGCCUUGUUCCCGUGUAAUGAAUGCGCGAAGCUCAUCAUCCAGGCAGGUAUCAAAGAAGUCAUUUUCAUGUCUGAUAAGUACCAUGACAGUGAUGAGACCACAGCUGCAAGGGUCCUGUUCGAUAUGGCUGGAGUUGCUUUCAGGAAAUUCACACCAAAGUGCAGCAAGAUUGUCAUUGACUUUGAUUCAAUUAACAGCAGACCGAGUCAAAAGCUUCAGUGAGUUACAUCUCAUUAAAUCUCCAGAAGAUUGGGAUUAUCCUCUUCUAAGAAGCUGCUAAUGCCUUUCAUCUUGAAGUUACACAUAACUUUUUAAUAGCCAGUUCAGCAAAGUAGACAUCUAAAGAAUAUAAAGCCUCAAAUCUCUCCUGCUGUCUCUCCUGUCACAUGGAAUCUACAUCUGUUUGAACUAUUGAUUUCGGGUUUAAAAUAAGGGAACCUGUGGUGGCCUGGCACACAGGGCAGGCACGAGAAGCCUCCUCCACUUGUGUCCCGGCUUGCCCAGUGCUGGUGGCUCUGCAGAGGGGUGUCGCUCUCUACUGCUCCAUGUGCUGGAAUGACAAAUAAAUAAUUGUUGUUGUGUUCUUAGCGGGGAUGAGCAGACACACUGAUUUGAACAUCUGGCCCAAACGAAGCAUGACGUGUAUUGCCCUUGGAAAAAAUUCAGGACUCAAAUGACAGUAGCAUUAAAGUAUCUGCCGCAGAGUCGAGGGAAGCUCCCACCCAUCCAGAAAACUUGAGACAGGGUGGCACAUCUGUCCUGACAGAUGAUAAGCAUAACAGGACCAGGAAUAUUUCCCCUGUUCCUGCCAUCCUGCUGCACAUGGGGUAGAGGCACAUUAUCCCUCUGGGAGUGGGAACUCCUAUUGUUUUGGCUGGUUUUUGCUCUGUUGGUCACAUGGGGCUCUUCCGUUUUGUUUUUCUGAAUAAUGACUUGUUCCCGGAGGAGACAACCUGUCUCCCCUUGGUGCCCCCCUAAGAUCAUGUCCUGCCGCAGUGGCAGCUGGUUGUGUGGAUGGGAGGGUGCCCUCACAUGGUUGUGUGGCCUCUCCUCCACAUGCCAACGUGGUUCACUGCAAACAGAGUAAAUGAGUUCCUAUCCUGGAAGUGACUUGUGAGGAAUUUCGCCCACCUGGAGGCGGUUUAUUGCAGAGCUAUUGGUGACUGGAGCUCAUUUGUGCCCUGGCACUGGGCCUCUAGCUACACAAAUAUCACCUUCCUAAUCACUGGGAGUGUGGAACGCGGCUGCGCCCCUUGUCUUUAAUCUCAUUUAAUUUUUAUUAAACACGCUUGGUACCUUUGUUGAGAAAAGCCUUCUCUAUCCUAAAGAUUAUUACCUUUUUAAAGUGCUCUUAUAUUUUCAUGAGUUUUUAUUUUGUCUCUGAGGUUUUGUACUCCACAUUCAGGGCAUUUUGUAAUUUGGCUUCUUACCAAUAUUAAUAAAAUCUUAUUAAAAUCUA